UACCUCACAAUUGAAGCAUCCAAAAGGCUGCUCUUGACAUACAGACUGGAUAGAGAGCUUCUAGGCCUCUCAAAGAGAAGUUUGUUAAUGGUUAAUCCCUUCCCCUGUUUCUUUGUUCCCUCCCCCCCCCAAAAAACAUGAUUUUUUUUCCUCUUUGUAAACUGCUCAUGUUGCUAGGUCAUUUGUCAUUGCUAGCUCAGAUAGUGUCAUCCUGUGUGACUCUGCACUGCUGAUAGCCCUGCUCAGCCCUUCUCAUCAUGUGCCAGUCAUGGUAAUUUUUCCUGCAUACUGCAGACUCCAAGGACUGGCCUGCUUUUUAAAAGCCCUUUAUUUGUUCAUAUGCAUAUUUUUCUUCACUUUUUUGGAAGUGGUCUAUGGGAAUCCCUGGAAUUAGAUUAGUUAGUAUUUGCAUAUCUCUGUUUGCUGAGUUUUAAAAGUAAUGAGAUUUUAGCAAAAUACAGGCGAGUUUUAAUAUCCCUCAAGUUUGCUGGAAGGGAAUUCCUUCACAGAGGUGACAGUGUGCUUUUCAGUAGUGUGGUUUGCACUCACCAGAGGUCAUAUACUGCUAUAUAUGCAUAUAUGCAAUUAUAGUACUGUGCAUUAAAAAAUCUAGUGCAUUAAAAAGUUAGAAGUAGAGCCUGCUGUAGCCUACAUCACCAAACGUAGUCCUGUGCCACAUGCUGCUGGUGAUGCGUAUCUCAUAGCUUGCUUUUUUUACUUCCACUUUCAUCUUCAUUUAUCGUGGUGUUCCCAGCUCCUCAAGAAAAGGAAGCCAUCAUGUACAAUGCUUUCAUAAAACCUCACGUCCACAUUUUGAAUCAGUUAACUUACACCCCUUAUGAGAUGAGUAUUUUACUAUUAGCUGUAGAAAGUUUCAGAUGCACAUAUGCUAAGGCUCAUAAUAUUUGAACUUACUCCUAAUCAGUGUUAUCAAUGCACUGCCGUCUGAUGAAGGCUUACUUUGAAAGUGAGCUACAAAAGUCUAUCAGUGUUGGCUGAGCAAACUGAUACCUGAAGUAGAAUGGUAUGGCUUAAACUUACACAUCUCUGAAAAUGUAAGGACUGCUGUAUUUUGAGGUUUUUUUUUUCUCCUUAGAUUUUGUAUGCAUUAAGAAUAAUGUAUUAAAAGGAAAUGAAAAAGAACCUCUCCACUCUAUGGUUAUAGCUGUUUUAUCUAGUUUUAUGUUCUUAGUGAAGGUUUCUUUGCACUUGAAGGGUAUAUUUACUGCAACUUCAGGCCUUGCUCAAGAUUCAGCCUGUCUGACACCCAUGUAUGGUGGGCCACUGCUUUCUGAAACUCGUAAGAUGCUGUUUGCUGAACUAAUUAAGCAAUUUAGUGUGAAUGUUACUUGCUGUCUGCUCCUUGCAGCAUAGUGGGAGGUGAAGGGGUACCUGGCCUGUAGUAGCUGUUCAUGUCUUGUUGGUCAGCUACAGAUCAGUCAUAGUCUAAAUACCUUCCUUGUGUAAUGGCUUUGCAAGAAUGUGAAAUGCAUUUUACAGACUGGAAGUAUAAGCAGUAAAUAGCCUUUCUCUGAACUUGCAAUAGAACCAAAUUGAAUUACUUUAGCUCUUUAAUUUUGCUUUGGACUUGGAUAAUUGGAGUUUUUAAAAUCCUUGUCCAUGUGCAUUCUGACACAUGGGGUGGUCUUUUUACUUCAUUUUGCGGAGUAUCGAAUGAAUGUGCCAUAAAUCUUUGAAAUGUAUGUGAAGAGACUGUAGAUGUUAGUUAGCUUAAAAUUUAUCCAUUUGUUAUUUAGGGUAGAAUAUGUCUACCAGUAUCCUUAGAUGUUGCAUUCACUGCAGUAGUUAUCAUUUCCUGUGUAUCUUCUGUAGCAGUCUUGCCUCAUUACAAUCCAACUUUAAAAGUAAAUAGUCCAGAAUAGUUGAAAGGAAUGGUUGGGGUAUUUUCAUAUUUCUCAAGAUAAAAACAUUUUGCAGAAGCUGACCGAAAUCCAGAAAUGGUUUUAUUUAGCUCAGCUUUUUGUUGCCAAGUUUGUAGACUUCGUAGGUCAUUGGAACUCCCUCAGCCAGUUGAAUCUGAGCAUCAUUCAAGGAGCCCUUGAAGAAAUAGCUUAAACUCAGAGUACUUCUUAACCUGAGCUGGGGAAAGUCUCCUCAGCUGUGCAUCCUAGAGGGGAAGAACGUCUGCCCUCGCAUCUCUGUGGUGGCAUUCUUAAUGCAGGAGUCAGCCUUCAACUGCACCUUCAUAUUUUUCUUCAAAAAUGCACACACACACAGCUUUAGGUAAGAAAAGUUGCAUCCCAGGCUGUUUGCUUGUUUGUUUCUUAGUCUGCAAAAAUGAUUCUUACACACCUGUGGCUGAGAUCCCAGAGAUGUCAGAUUGGAAGUGAAACAUUUACUUUCAAUGGUACAUAAAUUAAUGUUUAUAUUCUAAUAGCUGCUUAUUGCACUGAUAUUUCAUCAAAUGUGGGAGCAAUAAGUUAUUCAUGAAUAUAAGCCUGAAUGGCUAGAAACUUCUGGUAAGGCCAUGGUACACCAAAUGUCAUGAAUGGGGUGGUACAGGCGUCCUAUUCUAAUUUGGAGUUUUGGACCAAAGUUAGCAAGUUAUUGGCAUGCUUAAGACGGCUUCUGAGAUGCGUUUUAUUCCUGCAGAUUAGUAUUCAGAGAAGGGAUACCUUUUUGUUGCUAUGUUGUUAUUUGUGUUAUGACAUCUUAUCAAAUUCUUCUUCAUUACUGCUUUUGUUCCUGGAAAGAAUGCAUUACUUAAAGAUAUUGAAAUAAAUAACUGCAUGAGAAAGAAAAUAGACUGGAUCAGCAAAUGUGUUUUGAAAUACAGGCAAGAAAGUGCAGUAUGACAACUUCUUAGGGAGAGGAUAAUUUGGAAGUUACAAAUCUGUGUGAGGCUGUGCAUGUGAGAUGACUGGUGGUAGUUAUGCAUCUGUGCUUGUAAUUUUAUGAAUAGUUCCACUUUAAACUUAAUUAUACUGUAACUUCUCUGUCUUCUUUUCUGCUCUUCUCAAUAAAGGAGGUUGCGUUACUUGAAGAUCCAAAAUCUGGGGGUCGUAACUGGUACUGAACUUAAUGGGACAUGCUUCCCUGCUUUGGACAUGGUUGGGGAGCUCUACAACCACUUAAAACAUAUCUGAACUGGUUUUUUGAGCUGUGAUACUAUAUAAAUUGGUGCAUGUUAUUGUAAAGACCUUGAAGAAGGUCUUCCAGCAUCUGAAAUUAAUUAGAGCCAUUGCCUAUUGGGCUGAUGUUCAGAGUUUUAGAUCUCAUCUGUUUUUCUAGUUUGAGCAAAGCUGCCUGUAUGUUAUGCCAUCAUACGUUCCGUUUAUGUUCAGUGAGCUGUGGUCUCUGCCAGUUGGGCAGCCCCACUUCCUCCUUCUCAGAGAAUCCUGUUAAAAUAGCGUAUGUGACAUACAGAUCAGAAAAAAAGAGGUGUUAGGAACAAGAACAUACAGAUAAUUCUAAUAAAUUUUAAUUUCUGGUCAGCUGGUCAUUUUACUUGCUGAAGAAACACAGCCUCUGGCAUGUCCUACACCUGUUAAGAAUCAGGAUGUUUGUAGUCUAUCUCAAUAGCUGUUCUGCUUUCUUUUUAUUUUUGAGAACUUAGGAGCAGACUGAUUUACGUUUUAUUGAUUAAAUGUAUGAACCUAUGUAACUGAAACCAAACGCAAUAAAAUUCAGAAGGGUAAAUCAGCUAUUGCUGAACAUUUUAUCUGACCAUUCAAUGCAGUAUUUGCUGUGUACUCAGGAAGGAAAAAAAAAAAGCACAAAACAGUUUCAGAUCCUAUCAGGCAGGAUUUUAUUUCUAAUUUCUAACAGUUUCAACUACAGCUGUAGACAGAACCUUAAACUUCCCAGACCCCCAAGCUCAUAAAUUUUCUUGAGGCAGAUCUUCGUUUAAUUUGAAAUUCUUUGCUGUUAAUGCCUAAUUAAAAUAGGUAAUGCAGUUAACCUUUUGAUAUAAUUGUACAGAUACGUGGUUAGAAAUUCUAAUGUUACUGAAUAUUAAGUAAUAAUCAAUCAUAGAUUUACUUUCAUUUGAAAUGGAUAUUUCCUGAGGGAUUCUGGAAUGAAGAUAACAGAGCUUUCCUCUGAUUAGUGUUUUGAUAUUUCUUCCUAUGUCAUUUUAUGUAGUAGGUGUUAGAGGUAAGCAGUAGUCAGUCAGAUGUUAAAAUUACCAUUGAGAUAAAUAUCCAGCUUAAGGAGUGAGAUGUUUUGCGCAUCUCUGCCAUAAGCUUGGUGCCCACCCUACCUGACUUCUCCCUGUCCCUGCAGCUCUCAGCAGCACUUCAUUCUCCACAGUUUUCUUUGUGACUAUUGAUACCUGACAGAAAUCCACUUGCGUUUUAUUCAAUCAGUGAAUGUAGAAAGAGGAUGAAUGGUUUGGAGAUGCAAUUGUAUUUUAAGCUUUCAAAUUGCACCGCCUGUGGCUAAAUGAUUUUUUUCCUUUUAGAAUAAUUCCUUUGUGGUGGUGUCUGGUAUUCUGCAUUGACAAUAUUCAGUUAUCCUCUCUGUGUCAGACAUAGAAGGAAAUAGUAAUUUGACUGGGCCGUGUGCUUUUUAGCGUUUAGGUAAGAGCAGGAUUCCUGUAACUGCAGAGGUUCUGGAAAUCCAAUCUGUGAUAAAAGCAGUGUGCAGUGAGAGAGAUCUGACUGGUUUUGUUGUGGAGGAAAACAGACCUUGAAAGACAAAACAAACAAAAAGUCAUAUAAAAUUCCAUAUAUAAGCAGUGAUGUAAAUUCUGCGUCUAGGAACUUGUUUCCCUUGGCAAAAUGUAUAUUUAAGUGAAAGGGACGUUGCCAAGUUACAUUUAACUGGAAGUGAAUGCUUUGUGAAAAGUAAGCUCACUACCUCAAGUCACAUUUCUUAAAAAAAAGUUAUAGUAAACAGUUAUUUUUAUAACAGUAGUUGAAUCAUAGUUUAUGUAAUCCUAACAGUGAAGCAUUAUCUUACAACAUGAGAACCUGAGCUUAAAUUGAACAACUGUUCUACAUUUUUGCAUAUCUGAUUGUAUGGGCUCUUUCUUUAUCUUUUUUUCCCCCUUUAAUGCAUGCUUCGAUUUUUUUGAAUGCAAAUCUGCAGUUCUAUAGCUGUGACAUGACACAUGGAUGUGGGCAGUAAAGGGAGGAGAGAAGGUUUUUUGCCUCCUGAUUUUGCGUGGGUUACCUCAAAAUGGGUUCAUAUGGGUAAUGGUUUAUUUGUCCCUCUAGGAAAAACAGUAUGCUAACAGCAGCUUAGGCACUGUGACUGUUGAAGCGAGGUGUGAUGCAAUGCCUGGCAGAAGCCUGCUGCAGGAGGCAGGACGGCUGUGGGCCAGCUGCUGCCCCACGGAGCUGCUGUGUGGCCUGGUCCAGGCAGGCUGUGUGUACUUGGGUCCCACUAACCCUGCAGGCCCAGGGAGCAGUGGGCUGCUCUUUCAUAGGGUGCAGGAUGACUGUGAUGUAACACAGCACAGAAUGUGUUCCUGGGCUGUUGUCAAGCUUCAGGAAGCUCAAGAAGUGAAGUUGGCCAUCAUGACUUCUUUGGAAAUACCAACUAGGGUUAGGUAGCAAUCUAUAUUAGGGAGCCUGCUUUGCUGCAUUGUUGGACUAGAUGGCCUCCAGAGGUCCCUUCCAACCCUACAGCUCUUUGACUGUGAUCUUGUGAUGUUAUUCUUUCUUUUUUAUCACGUUGCUGAUAUAAUCUGACACUAGCUUUGAUCUGAAAAAUACUUGGGUUCAAUCACUACCCUCCUUCAUCCCUGUAGCUUCAGCUGGGUUGUCUGAUUUUUCUGUCCUCUUCCCAUCCCAUCUUUGUACAUCUCCGACAGCUUGCACUGCUUGCCUCCUGCCAGUGCUUCAUGGCCUUUUUUACCCAAAACACACAAGUUCCUGCCUCUAAUCUCAUUGUCUUUUACUUAGCUCCUGUUUUGCUGUGCUUUUCAAGCUGUGAGAAGUGAGCACAGUGUAUUCUAGAGUUGGGUUUGUGUGAUGAUUCCACGAUGGCAGUGUAACUUUCAGUGUUGAUCUCAGACCCCAGUUUUUAGAUUGCCAUUUUAACAUUUGCUGAGCAUUCCUAGUUCCUGCAUGUUUUACAGCCAGGCAGAUAAGAUAAUCAUUCUUUCAGCUCAACAGAAGUUAUCCACACGUAGGUAAGGUGCCUGCAUUUCUUCCCUGUGUCUUUGUCCUUAAGGCAGCAUUGAGCAUGAUCUCUUAUUUUCAUAAUUACUUUUGGAAAUGUGCACAUUGUGAUUAAUCUGUGUCCUGGUUCUGCAAUCUGGGAUUACAACUACACUGCAGUGCAUGAGUUGUAAUUCUUAAAAUAUGCUAUGAAACUGGUUUUUUUUUUUUCUUUCCAUAUAGUAGUGGAAUCCAUAUACUGCUUCUUUCUUUUAAUUUUUUUCUAAAUAAGAAGCUGAAAACCGACUCAGUAGUAUUAAGAUUUACAAUUCAUGGAAGAAAAAACUGGAUAAUUACUCUGUCUGUAAUUGAUGCUCUGCCCAUGCUUCGGUGUGUCCAGCUGUAUGUAAAUCUUCUCUAACUACAUAUUUUUGCAUUUCUUUCCUCAUGUAAAUGAGAAAUCUCCUUGGUUUCUCUUUGGGGAUUCAGAUCUGAUUGAUUUGGUAUUGCCUAAAUGAAAAGCAGGAUGUGUUGCUGCAAAAGGCUUUUCCUUCUAUUCAGGGAGUGGGAAUAUGUGAAUUCUGAGCUUGAAGUUGAUUUGGUGUGCUUCCCAUGCGUGGAGCUGGUGAGCGGCUGCUUCUGACUGGAUUGCAUGGCAAGCAGGGCAGUGAGACAGGAAGAGCUGCAGUGCUGGGUGGCUGUGUGCCCAGCUCUGGGUUCAGCCCAGCACUGUCUUGCAAAGGAACGAUUAGCAAAGUUUUCUCCUGCUUGUGGCCCUUGUCUGGCACUCUUUUUCCCUGUGAGCUUCCUUGGCCCAUGGCUCUACACGUGAAAGGAAGGAAAGGAACUUUGGAGAUCAUCUAGUCCAACCCCCUGCUAAAACAGUUUCCCUGGAUCAGAAAGGCUUUCCAGCUGUGUUACCUGCAUACUCUCUUGUUUUUUGUUUUUUGCUAUUUAUAGAAAUUUCCUGAAACGAUCAUGAAUGUUUCUUGUCUUCUACUUGUGGACCGUGCCAUCAUUUCCAACAAGCAGCUCCUGCAGCCUAACCAGGCUGUGCUACUCAAACCUAUAGGGGUACAGGAGAUGUCACAUGUGAAGUCAGCACGUUGCUGAAUGCUGCUGUAGCUGUAUAAACUGACAUGUCUUAUUUAUGCAACAAAAAUGAAUGGAAGCACAUAGAUCUUGAGAGACUGUGCUGACCUCCUUGAUCCACUGCCAGUUCUUACAUAGAAUUACUUACUUAAAUUCUGCUUUUUUGUUUAGGUAAAAUAGUUUUGAUGCAUGUAAACCAGAAAUAAGUUGCUUAUAACUUAUAACAUCAAAUAAGAACGUGUGUGUGUAGGUGUGUGUAUAUCUUCUUAUGUAAAUUCCCUGGCAGGGGUGAAGCUAUGGGUCACCAAUACUGUGAAGCUUCAGCAGGGCAUGUAAACUGUAUACUGGAAGACUAUUCCUUAUGUUCUUAUAUCCUUAAUGAUAUUAGAACACCUGAGCUUGUUCUUAUCAUUCAGUUAAGCUCUUUGAUAAGUUCUUUGCUAACCAGGGAAUUGUGAGAACAAUGCUUGUUAAAAUAAUUGAGAACAUAGAGCUUGUUCCUGCAAGAUGCUUAGUAUUCAGUUGUCUGUUCACAAACCACUUGCUGAGAGAGAGAGGAUAUUGCAUCUCAUUUAUAAAUAGCCCUAUUAACUUCCUCCUGCUUGCUGCACUUUUCUUGCCUCGAGUAACUCAGGUACUUUUUUAUGACAUCUGGUGGAAAAUAAUAGGAGAUGUGUACGUAUGCUGACGUCUUUUAGAGAGCUGGCAACAUCUAGCUGUAAUCUGAGGAAUUCUUUGACCCAGGAGCCUGUUUGAUCUCUGGAGAGAUCUCUACAGCAUUCUUCAAAUUUGAACAUGGAAUUCAAUCCAUCAGACCAUCCACGGGCCAGUACGAUAUUUCUCAGUAAAUCUCAAACAGAUGUGAGAGAAAAACGCAAGAGUCUCUAUAUAAACCACCAUCCUCCUGGACAGCUGAGAAGAAAGUACAGUUCCUGUUCCACUAUUUUCCUGGAUGACAGCACAGUCAGUCAACCAAACCUCAAAUAUACCAUCAAAUGUGUAGCUCUUGCAAUUUAUUACCACAUCAAAAACAGGGAUAUAGACGGAAGAAUGCUCUUAGAUAUUUUUGAUGAAAACCUUCAUCCCCUUUCGAAAUCCGAAGUGCCACCAGAUUAUGACAAACACGAUCCAGAGCAGAAACAGAUUUACCGCUUCGUUCGGACGUUGUUCAGUGCUGCUCAACUGACUGCUGAAUGUGCCAUUGUCACCCUGGUAUAUCUUGAAAGACUUCUAACUUAUGCAGAGAUAGAUAUUUGUCCAGCAAACUGGAAGCGAAUUGUACUGGGUGCUAUUCUGCUGGCAUCCAAGGUUUGGGACGACCAAGCGGUGUGGAAUGUGGAUUACUGCCAGAUCCUGAAAGAUAUCACAGUUGAAGACAUGAAUGAGCUGGAACGCCAGUUUCUGGAGCUGUUGCAGUUCAAUAUUAAUGUUCCCUCCAGUGUUUAUGCCAAGUAUUAUUUUGAUUUGCGCUCCUUGGCAGAAGCAAAUAACCUGAGUUUUCCUUUGGAGCCCCUCAGCAGGGAUAGGGCAUAUAAACUUGAGGCCAUUUCCCGCUUGUGUGAAGAUAAAUACAAGGACUUCAGGAAAUCUGCAAAGAAACGCUUUACUCUUUGUAUGAGGAAACAGCAAAUCGGGUGCUUGGAAGUAGAAACAAAAAAUGAAGUAGAGGCAGAAAAACUGUUUCAGAACUGUGCCAUUUUUCAAUGUGCUGUGCUUUUGAAGAGAAACGACAGCAUGAAAAUGAACCAUGUAGUCAGAUGACUGUGCACUAGAGGAGUGACGUUUGGAGAGUUUCAGCUUAAAGGUUUCUCUUAAUAUCUUUCUUAAUUUUUAUUUUUCCAUUCCUCAUUGCUGCUUCCCAGGAAAAAUUCUUCCCCUUGCACAGCAGCAAAUAUCAAGUCUGUAUUUACAGUAGCACAAGCCCCUGAAUAAAUAGUGUUGGUUUUUUUUCACUGCACUUUUCUCUGUAAGCUGUUAUUAGCAUUAUUCUUCAUAAUUAUUAUGCAUAUGUUAUAUUUCUCUUAUGCCUUCUAUUGUAUUUCAAAAGAGAGAACUUGACCAUAGUGCUGAACCAAAAGUGUGUAUGUACAGGGAUCAAAAGAUCGUUCAUAAUUUCAUGAUGUGUUUUAUUUAUAGUAUACUUGGGUGCGUGUGCCUUCCUAAGUUCUUGGAAUCAAUUAUUUUUCCUUAAGACAAAGAUACAGUUGUUAAAGUAUUCAGAUGAUGAUAGUUAUAAGACUUGGGCCAAAUAUCUGAAGUUCGCAACAGGUCUUGUGAUCCUUUUUGCAGAUUUUCAUAGCAUUAGAAGUUUAGCAGAACUCAUUUAGAGACAGAUUUGUUUUGUAUGGCUUGUACUAGUUCAUUCCUUCACCUCCAGGUCCAUUGUUGCAAGCAAUAUUCUCAAUUUGUAUGUGUUUACUUUAAAACAAAUUAAGUCUGUUUGUAUAAAAUAAAAAAUAAUUUUAUAAGUUUCACUGAGAAGGCCUAUAGAAGAGCAGAAUACACAUUUUAACAAGGUACUUCUCACAAGUAGAUUUGGUUUUGAAGCUAAAAUACAAACCUUCAUAUUUUUUUCAGCGUAGGCGCUUAUAGAAAUUAAAAAUAACCAAAUCGUGAACAUAAUUUUCAACUUAUUAAGCUGUUCUGUUGUUGUUACUAGUUCCUUCCUACCAUGGCUGUUGCCCCCUUGGGCAAUAAGAACUUUUUUUUUUUUUUUGCAUGGUUUA